AUGAAGUUGUUGUCUACCGUCGCAUUAGCUGCUACGUCGUUGUUGUCCCUUGCCGGCUCCGCUGUGGCCGACUCGGGCUUACCUGCCAUUGAAAUUGUUGGUAACAAGUUUUUCUACUCCAAUAAUGGCUCUCAAUUCUAUAUCCGUGGUGUUGCUUACCAGUCGGAUGUCGCCAAUGAGACCACUGGUCAGACCUUUUCCGAUCCUUUAGCUGAUGGUGCUAGUUGUAAGCGUGAUUUGCCAUACUUGCAACAACUGCAAACCAACGUUGUCCGUGUUUAUGCUUUAAACACCUCUCUUGACCACACUGACUGUAUGAACCUUUUCUCCGACGCUGGUAUCUACGUUGUAGCCGAUUUGUCUGAACCUGGUCUUUCCAUCAACCGUGACGAUCCUCAAUGGAACAUCGACUUGUACAACCGUUAUACCUCUGUUAUCGAUGAUUUCCACAACUACACCAACGUCUUGGGAUUCUUUGCUGGUAACGAGGUCACCAACAACAAAACUAACACCGAUGCUUCUCCCUUUGUUAAGGCCGCUAUUCGUGAUGCCAAGGCUUAUAUGAAAGCCAAUAACUACAGAGCCAUUCCUGUUGGAUACUCUUCCAAUGAUGAUUCCGAUACUCGUCAACCCAUGGCCGAGUACUUUGCUUGUGGUGACGACUCUGAAAAGGCCGAUUUCUACGGUAUCAACAUGUACGAAUGGUGUGGUAACUCGAACUUUGUCGAGUCCGGUUACCAAGCUCGUACCGAGGAGUUUUCCGGUUUGAAUGUGCCUCUUUUCUUUUCCGAAUAUGGAUGUAACGCUGUUCAACCCCGUAAGUUCACCGAAGUGUCUGCUCUUUACUCGAGCGAGAUGACUGAUGUAUGGUCCGGUGGUAUUGUAUACAUGUACUACCAAGAAGCCAAUGAUUACGGUCUUGUCUCUAUUUCCGACAACUCUGUUUCCACACUUGCCGACUUUAACUAUUUGGCCAGCGAGAUCGCUUCUGCCUCUCCCACCUCUGCCAACACUGCUUCUGUGACCGCCAACACCACUCAAUUGGCCUGUCCUGCCACUACUGGUACCGACUGGAAGGCUGCCACUGCCCUUCCUCCUACUCCUAACGAGGCUAUGUGUCAAUGUUUGUCUCCUGCUGCUGCCUGUGUUGUUGACAAGUCGGUCGAUUCUAAGGACUAUGGUGACCUUUUCGGCUACCUCUGUGGUCAAGUCAGCUGUGAAGGUAUUUCCGGUAACGGUACUUCUGGUGAAUACGGUGCCUUUUCUUUCUGUGAUGCCGAGUCUCAACUCAACUUUGUGCUGAACCUGUACUACGAAUCCAACGGCAAGGACUCAUCUGCCUGUGAUUUCUCCGGUUCGGCCUCCAUUAACAGCGCUCCUUCUACCGCCAAGGCUUGUUCUGCCGUUCUCGCUCAAGCUGGUACUGCCGGUACCGGUGCUGUCACCGCUUCUAUCACCGGAUCUUCUGGUUCCGGCUCAGGUUCUGGCUCCGGCUCCGGCUCUGGUUCCGGUUCCUCCAACGGCGGUUCCAGCUCUGCCAGUGCCAGUGGCAGCUCCACCGGCAAGAAGAGUGAUGCCUCCUCCAUCAACACCUCGGGCCUCAAGCUCGCUACUGUCGUCUUCGGUGCUCUCGCCGUCGCCUUCUCUCUUGUCUUCUAA